UGUGAAAAUGGCUUCUUAUAGUUGGAUUGAUUUGGAUAUCCAGCAUUUAUCCGAGUCUGUGUUUGUGGGACUGUGCCACAAAGUGGGGACCUCUCAACAAGUGACCAUGAGGAGAGAACUACUAGACAUGGACGAGAUGGUGAAAAAUCAAGUAAUUUUUACAAGUGAAAAAACGAUAACGAUAAUAAGUGGCAGUUUUAAGGAAGGAUUCAGGCUAAUGGAGUCAGAUAUAGACUUGAUGACCUGGCGAAAAGACCACAAUAUAAUCUGGGACUUGGAUCAGGCUCAGAAUUAUGACUUAAGCAUAAAAACACUGAUUCUCAGUGUUUGUUCGGAAAGUCCACCUGGAUUUGCUUUACUGGAAUUAUUGACAGAAACUGGCAAUGAAUCUACAGAGAAUGCAUGCAUAAGAAUCAAUGACAGACUCUAUAUAUCAAGUUCUGAAUUCAGAAGAAUAAAAAAUUCUGCUUAUAUUCCUGAUUCUAUGGAACAUGGUCCUUGGGAUGAG